GUUCUCGCGAUAUUAAAGCGGUCGCUACCUGAUAGGAAUAAUGGCCGCCCUCGCAGCAAUAGCCGGAACGAUGAACAGCACAAGACGCUUAUCGGAGCACUUCAGCUGACCAGGAAGCGCAUAAAUUACCAGGCAGCCCCCUUUUACCCGACUUUCGGAACGGAUGGGUGGAGGGGGUGUAGCUAAAGGACUCCAGAAACGAAAGAAACGCGGAGGGAGCGGGGGGACGCUAACGAUUUCUUGAUAGCUAAGCUUUAGCUGGCUAUCAAAACGGUUGUCAUUGCCGGGAUCGAACACGAGCGCCCGUAACAACUGUGGUUUGGCGGGAGAGUCGGAUGAUACUGCAAGUAAACGGCGGGGCUCUUGAGCACACAUCUGGCUUGUCGCUAACAUGAGCGGGCCGGGGCAAGACAGCGAGCCAGAGGCGAAAGUGCUCCUAAUCAAGCGGCUAUACAGGGCUGUGGUGGAAUCUGUGCACAAGCUGGAUGUCAUCAUCGGCAGCAAGUCGUCCUACAGAGAGGUCUUCAAGCCAGAGAACAUCAGCCUUCGCAACAAACUGAGGGAGCUUUGUGUGAAACUGAUGUUUCUUCACCCCGUCGACUAUGGCCGCAAGGCUGAGGAGCUGCUCUGGAGGAAGGUUUACUACGAGGUCAUCCAGGUCAUCAAGACCAACAAGAAGCAUGUCCACAGCCGCAGCGCUCUGGAGUGCGCCUACAGGACACACCUGAUCGCCGGCGUGGGCUUCUACCAACACCUGCUGCUCUACGUUCAGUCGCAUUACCAGCUGGAGCUGCAGGACUGCAUCGACUGGACCCACGUCACCGAUCCUCUCAUCGGCCGAAAAAAGCCAGUGUCUGCCUCCCCCAAGGAGAUGGAAUGGGCGCAGAUGGCCUGCCAUCGCUGUCUGGUGUACCUGGGAGAUCUGGCUCGAUACCAGAACGAGCUCGCUGGAGUGGAGACGGAGCAGCUGGCCGAGAGGUUUUACCACCAGGCUCUGUCAGUGAUGCCACAUGUGGGAAUGCCUUUUAACCAGCUGGGUACUUUGGCUGGAAGCAAGUUCUACAACGUUGAAGCGACGUACUACUACCUUCGCUGCAUUCAAUCAGACGCUCCGUUCGAGGGCGCCUACGGCAAUCUGAAGCGGCUGUUUGACAAAGCCGCCAAGAUGUACCACCAAGUGAAGAAGCCGGAGAUGAAGAAGCUGUCUCCAUCCAGAAAGAGAUCCAAAGAUGUAAAGCGGCUCCUGGUGAGCUUCAUGUACCUGCAGAGCCUGCUGCAGCCCAAGAACAGUUUGCUGGAGACGGAGCUGACGUCGCUGUGUCAGUCGGUGCUGGAGGACUUCAACCUGGUGCUGUUUUACCUCCCUCCUCCAGCGCACGGAGGCGCUCAGCACAGCCCCAGCGAGGAGGAAGAGGAGCAGCAUCAGCAGCACCCUGACGUCUCCUGCCCCGUUCUCCCCGACGGCCUCAUUUUUAAGAUGGUGGUAACGUGUCUGAUGGUGGUGCACAGCCUGAAGAGGGGAGGUUCCAAGCAGUACAGCGCUUCCAUCGCGUUCACUCUGGCUCUCUUCUCCCACCUGGUCAACCAUGUCAACAUCCGGCUGCAGGCGGAGCUGGAGGAGGGGGGGGGGCAGGUGCCGGCGCUACACACAGAUGCUGCAGAUGACGCAGAUGGGAGGGAUUUGUCAGCACCGCCCAUGGAUUGCUCAAGCGAGAAGCCUCUGCAGAACGGCAUUGUGGGGGAAGAGGAGGAGAAGGAAGAUGGGGACAAAAAACCCAGCAGCGAAGAAGAUCAAAGCAAGAAGGAGGAGAAACAGAGGCAGAAGAAAAAGUACGUGCGCCUGUCUCGACUCCGCCGCCGCCGCUGCGCCCGCAAAGACGGCCAGGAGGAUGAAAGCGAUCUGAGCGAAGGCUUCGAGAGUGACGAAGAAGAAGACAAUGAGGAAGAGCGACAGGGCAGAGCUGAUUCGACGGGAGGGAUCUCGAUGGGAUCCCCGGUCAACCCUUCAUCUGUGAAGAAGGAGACCAAGAGGGAUCCUUUAGGAGAAGAGGUCAUUUGGGGGAGUGGCUCUGAGGAGGAGGAAGGAGGAACGGCGUUUGACGUGGAGACCGACUCGGACAUGAACAGCCAGGAGUCCCGCUCCGACCUGGAGGACAUAGAGGACACCGAGAACUCUGAGGCCAGGGAGCACCAGGAAGAGGAGGAGGACGCGGAGCAUGCGAAAGAAGGAGGAGGAGGAGGAGAUGCGGACGGUGACCUUCCUCCAAACUCGAAUGGUCCCAGCAUGCCGAGCGACGCCAGCAUCAGCAGCAACCUCCAGGCCAUGUCCUCGCAGCUCUUCCAGACCAAGCGCUGCUUCCGUCUGGCGCCGACCUUCAGCAACAUGCUGCUCAGGCCGCAGGCCUCCUCUUCCUCGGGUAUUCCCACCCCAACUGACACCUCUGCCCCCCCAUCUCAGGAGACCCCCCCUCCCUCUGGGGAUUCCCCCUGUGACCUGAACCCAGGAACCGCCAACGGAACCAACGACGACGACUUGGACUCGGAUUCCGAAGAAAGUCAGCACAGCGCUCCGUCUGUACGCAGCGAAAAAACCCUGCUGGAGAAGCUGGAGAUCCUGACCAACCAGGGACUGAUCCAGGUGGUGAAGGUCUUUGUUGAUUGGCUGAGAACAAACACGGAUAUCAUCGUCAUGUGCGCUCAGAGUUCUCAGAGUCUGUGGAACCGUCUGUCUGUGCUGCUCAACCUGCUUCCAGACAACAGCAAGAUCCUGGAGGCCGAUCUGGGCUUGAACCCUCAGCUAACAGAGAUGUUAAACGAGUGUGAGCAGCCCGCUUUGGUCCAGACUCUGCUGCUGCCUGAAGAUCUGACGCUGCGUCACCUCCCUGCUCUCAACGCCGCUCACCGCCGCCUCGACUUCGCCGGCCGAAACCUGUCCCUCAGUCCAGUGCACGAGUGCGUGGUGCGAGUCUGUUGCAUACGCAGUUUCGGACACUUCUUAACAAACCUGGAAGGCAACGUCCUGCACUUCAACCCGGAAGCGGGCAUCUUCACCAGCAUUAGCCAGGCCGAGCAGGACAACCUGCUGCAGCAGGCCAAGGCCCAGUUCAGAAUGGCGGAGGAGGAGGCGCGGCGGAACCGAUUGAUGAGAGACAUGGCUCAGCUACGAUUACAGUUGGAAGUGUCACAGCUAGAGGGCAGCCUUCAGCAGCCCAAAGCUCAGUCCUCCAUGUCUCCUUACCUGGUCCCCGACACGGCCGCCCUCUGCCAGCACCUGAGUCUCAUCCGGCAGCUGGCUGGAAGCGGCUGCUUCAUCAUCAUCAUCCCUCGUGCAGUGAUCGAUGGCCUUGACGCGUUGAAAAAGGAAAACGCUGGCGCCAGAGACGGAAUCCGCUUUCUUGAGUCUGAGUUUCGAAAAGGCAACAGGUACAUCCGCUGUCAGAAAGAGUCGGGUCGCAGUUUUGAAAGAGACAAACUCAAACGGCAGGACCUUGAAGCCUGGCAUCUGUACAAGACGGUGGACAGCUGCCGUCAGCUGACCGUCUCCCAGAGCAACGGAGACGAGGACACAGCCGGCAUGGUGACCAUCCUGACGGGUGGCGAGGUGGAGGAGCUGUGCUCCCGCUCUGCAGCCAUGAAGGCGGCGGUCCAGGCGGCGGCCUCUGCGGGCAUGGAGCUGAAAAACGUCGUGGAGUUUUACCGCCAGUGGAAGGAAAUGGGCUGAGAGCGGAGUGGGGGGGGCGGCUGUCGGCGCCGCCGACGGCUGACGGAUGGCAACACUCGCUCCCUCUGUCUCCCACUCUUUUGCUCUGUAUGUAUCUGCGUCUCCAAGGCAACAACUCACGGAUGGAGGAGCGAAGCUUUGAGGGCUGGAAAACGGAAACGGGUCGAGUUGAAAAAAAUAAAAUAAAAUAAGCGGAAGAGGAACGCAGGUGAGGCGGCGCUACAGGAAACGGCAGACACCCCCACCCCCUACACCUCCCAAUCUUGAAGAGCGACCUGUAGUGGUCAGGGUGGAGGUUGGUGGCGGGGGCACAGGAUUUAAAGUGCCCCUGGUUCACACCUAACCAGGAAUACACUGUAAAUGUUAGCAAACAGGAAGUGAUGCGAGGAACGCAUUCAGACCAAUCCAUGUAGAUGUUUAGAGCCGUUUUCUUGAAUUUCCGGUCCCCCCUUGACUUGGACAACAGGGUCAUGAAUUUGUGACUGGGGGGGGGGGGG